AUGAGAAGCCCCCUGGCUGUGUCCGGAGAAAUAAAGGGGUAUCAGGGGCACCCAGAGAUUGACUGUGCUGGAGAAGAGAACUGGGUAGACAGUCGGACCAUCUACGUGGGGCACAGGGAGCCCCCCCCAGGUGCUGAGGCCUACAUUCUGCAGAGGCACCCCGACAACAGAAUCGUCUCCUCCAAGUACACAUUUUGGAACUUCAUACCCAAGAACUUAUUUGAACAAUUCAGAAGAAUAGCCAACUUUUAUUUUCUUAUCAUAUUUCUGGUACAGUUGAUCAUCGACACCCCCACGAGCCCCGUAACCAGUGGGCUUCCGCUGUUCUUUGUCAUCACCGUCACGGCUAUCAAACAGGGCUAUGAGGACUGGCUUCGCCAUAAGGCAGACAACGCCAUGAACCAGUGCCCUGUGCAUUUCAUCCAGCACGGCAAGCUGGUGCGGAAGCAGAGCCGAAAGCUGAGGGUCGGGGACAUCGUCAUGGUCAAGGAGGACGAGACCUUCCCCUGUGACUUGAUCUUCCUCUCCAGCAGCCGCGGGGAUGGGACCUGCCACGUGACCACCGCCAGCUUAGAUGGAGAAUCCAGUCACAAAACCCACUAUGCCGUUCAGGACACGAAGGGGUUUCAUACUGAAGAAGAUAUAGACGGCUUGCACGCCACGAUUGAGUGUGAGCAGCCCCAGCCCGACCUGUACAAGUUCGUCGGCCGCAUCAACGUCUACAACGAUCAGAACGACCCCGUGGUGAGGCCCCUGGGGUCGGAGAACUUGCUUCUCAGAGGAGCCACACUGAAGAACACCGAGAAGAUCUUUGGUGUUGCUAUUUACACAGGCAUGGAAACCAAGAUGGCAUUAAAUUAUCAGUCGAAAUCCCAGAAACGAUCUGCUGUAGAAAAAUCCAUGAACGUGUUCCUCAUUGUGUACCUCUGCAUUCUGAUCAGUAAAGCGCUGAUAAACACCGUCCUGAAGUACGUGUGGCAGAGCGAACCGUUCCGGGAUGAGCCGUGGUAUAAUCAGAAAACUGAGUCAGAAAGACAGAGGAACCUGUUCCUCAGGGCGUUCACGGACUUCUUGGCCUUCAUGGUCCUCUUCAACUACAUCAUCCCCGUGUCCAUGUACGUCACGGUGGAGAUGCAGAAGUUCCUGGGCUCAUAUUUCAUCACCUGGGAUGAAGAAAUGUUUGACGAGGACACAGGAGAAGGGCCUCUGGUCAACACCUCGGAUUUAAAUGAAGAAUUAGGACAGGUCGAGUACAUCUUCACGGACAAAACCGGUACGCUCACGGAGAACAACAUGGAGUUCAAGGAGUGCUGCAUCGAGGGCCACGUGUACGUGCCACAUGCCGUGUGCAACGGGCAGGUGCUCCCCGGCACCUUUGGCAUCGACAUGAUCGACUCCUCCCCGGGCGCUGGCGCCAGGGAGCGAGAAGAGCUGUUUUUCCGGGCCCUGUGUCUGUGCCACACCAUCCAGGUGAAGGAUGACGAUGACGCGGAUGGCCCGAGGAAGUCGCCAGACUCGGGGAAAUCCUGUGUGUACAUCUCGUCUUCUCCUGACGAGGUGGCCCUUGUCGAGGGUGUCCAGAGACUUGGCUUCACGUACCUGCGGCUGAAGGACAACUACAUGGAGAUCUUAAAUAGGGAGAACGACGUGGAAAGGUUUGAAUUGCUGGAAAUUUUGAGUUUUGACUCAGUAAGAAGGAGAAUGAGUGUGAUUGUAAAAUCUGCUACAGGAGAAAUCUAUCUGUUCUGCAAAGGAGCAGAUUCUUCAAUAUUUCCCCGGGUGAUAGAAGGCAAAGUCGACCAGAUCCGGGCCAGAGUGGAGCGCAAUGCAGUGGAGGGACUUCGAACCUUGUGCGUUGCCUACAAAAGGCUUGUUCCGGAAGAAUACGAAGGUGUUUGUGCACUGCUGCAGGCCGCCAAAGUGGCUCUUCAGGACCGAGAGAGGAAGCUAGCGGAGGCCUACGAGCAAGUAGAGAAGGACCUCAUCCUGCUCGGUGCCACGGCUGUGGAGGACAGGCUCCAGGAGAAAGCUGCCGAUACCAUAGAAGCCCUGCAGAAGGCCGGGAUCAAAGUCUGGGUUCUCACCGGGGACAAGAUGGAGACGGCAGCCGCCACCUGCUACGCCUGCAAGCUGUUCAGGAGGAACACGCAGUUGCUCGAGCUCACCACCAAGAAGAUCGAGGAGCAGAGUCUACACGACGUCCUGUUUGAGCUGAGCAAGACCGUCCUGCGCCACAGCGGGAGCCUAACCAGGGACAACUUCUCAGGACUCUCAGCCGACAUGCAGGACUACGGUUUGAUCAUUGACGGAGCGGCGCUGUCCCUGAUCAUGAAGCCCCGUGAGGACGGGAGCUGCGGCAACUACCGGGAGCUCUUCCUGGAGAUCUGUCGUAACUGCAGCGCUGUGCUGUGCUGUCGCAUGGCGCCCCUGCAGAAGGCUCAGAUUGUUAAAUUAAUCAAACUUUCAAAAGAGCACCCUAUUACUUUAGCCAUCGGCGACGGCGCCAACGAUGUCAGCAUGAUCCUGGAGGCGCACGUGGGCAUCGGCGUCAUUGGGAAGGAAGGUCGUCAGGCCGCAAGGAACAGCGACUAUGCAGUCCCGAAAUUUAAGCACCUGAAGAAGAUGCUGCUCGUUCACGGGCAUUUCUAUUACAUCAGGAUAUCUGAGCUUGUGCAGUACUUCUUCUAUAAGAAUGUCUGCUUCAUUUUCCCUCAGUUUUUAUACCAGUUCUUCUGUGGAUUUUCGCAACAGACUUUGUACGACACUGCCUACCUGACUCUGUACAACAUCAGCUUCACCUCCCUCCCGAUCCUUUUGUACAGCCUGAUGGAACAGCACGUCAGCAUCGACACGCUGCGGAGAGACCCCUCCCUCUACAGAGAUAUCGCCAAGAACGCUCUGCUCCGUUGGCGCGUGUUCAUCUAUUGGACAUUCUUAGGAGUGUUUGAUGCUCUGGUAUUUUUCUUUGGUGCUUACUUCAUGUUUGAAAACACAACAGUGACCAGCAAUGGACAGAUCUUUGGAAACUGGACCUUUGGGACGCUGGUGUUCACUGUGAUGGUAUUUACGGUCACACUAAAGUUGGCGCUCGAUACACACUACUGGACUUGGAUAAACCACUUUGUCAUCUGGGGGUCCCUGCUGUUCUACGUCGUCUUCUCCCUCCUCUGGGGAGGGAUUAUCUGGCCGUUCCUGAAUUACCAGAGAAUGUACUAUGUGUUCAUCCAGAUGUUGUCCAGCGGCCCUGCCUGGCUGCUCAUCAUCCUGCUCAUCACUGUCAGCCUCCUUCCUGACGUUCUCAAGAAAGUCCUGUGCAGGCAGCUGUGGCCCAGUGCCACAGAGAGAGUCCAGAGCACAUGCGUGCGCGGCCGGGACUACCUCCCCGAACUCACCCUCCUGGCCUACCCGCAGAGCCCCAGCCCCUGGGCCGUGUGGCCGGGCCCGCACACAAAGCAGGGGACGCUGACGUGACCCCCCCUCGCCGGCCUCCUGCACAACCACCACCAUCCCGGCCCUGCGCCCGAUGGGGGGAUGAGAACCACGGGACGUGUCUGGAACGCGUGGCUGGCAGUCGUCACCUCUCGUGGGGCUGGUGGCCCCCACAGCCUCCCUUGGGCAUUUGGUUGGGCGCACUCGACCCACUGCAUCCCGGGCCAGGGCCUCCAGUCCCAGACGCCGCCGGAGGAGGGCACCUGCGUGGAGGUGGGCCGUCGGCUUGAGCGGGGGUGGCCACACCGCCAACUGUCCGAGCACAGGGGCCUUGUCCUCACCGUGGGACGGGCCGGCCUUGCCUCCAUGCCUCCUUGUCCAGAGCGCUCUGGUCCUCGUGCUUCUGGAACUGGCCGGACCAGACCCUGGCGUCACCGUGCUCCUACAGCCUGUCGGAGUCCUGGACUGUGUCCUGCUUCUGUCCAAACCCGCUACCUAGCGAAGCUGCUUUCAGGGUCCUGUCCGACUCGGGGUUCGUCCCUCUGAGGGAGGACUAGCAUCCCCCUGUGAAUCUGAGUGUUUCCCAUCCCCAGCUGCCCCUGUGGAGAAAAAGUAUCGUGUGUGACGAAUAGAGAACACUGUCCACUCCAGCCUUCCCAACACGAGAUAGGAGCUAGUGUUCCUCACACCUCCACGGAUAGAGCCUCCCCGCGUUCUCUUGUCCAGAGAGCUUUCCCCAGUUGUAGGGGAAGGCUGGUGGUCGGGGGCCGGGGGCCCGACCCUUCGAUGUCCUCAUGGAGAGGUGGCCUCCAGGGGCCGCGUCCAUCUUCCAAAAUCUGUUUCAGGCCCACACAGGUCUGACGGUGAGGCGGUAUCUGAAUCCUGAGAAGCAGGAUUGCCGCCCUGGCCCGCUGCCCAUGGCCGAGACCCGGACCAAGCCCUGCAUGUUCUGUUGGAUAAGCGCUGUGUUGUGAUCCGCUGUCCAGGGUGUCAUUUGGGGUGGGCAGACCUUGAGGCUGCUGCGUUGACAGUCCCGGUCCCUUCUCUGUACUGCUGUUUGUUUCUAGAAAUAACCUCCUUGACGUAGCCUUAAUGGUCCACAAAGAAGACAUUUCAGUCUGAGAUUCAAAGUGUGGAUGUGGAAACGGAUGCCUUUUGAGAAAAGCAUCGCCCGAAGCUAAACGACAAGCCGGCCCCUUGCCCGCUGCCGGGUUCCAGGCUGUGGCCCCGGCGACGCUGGUGAGUGAACACGGAGUCUGCUUCAGAGACACUCCAUGCCAGGCAUUUUGGGAAGCCCAGAUUUCACAAUUUGUAUAAUGUUUCGCCUAUAAGAUAUUUAUUUGAACUAGGGGAUGAAUUGACUGCGUACACAGAGUAGUUGGGGUAAGUCCAGGUGAAGUAGCAACAGCAAACCAAAGACCCGGAGAAAGGACGGGGAGUGCACCGGGGUCUCCGCCCUCCGUCCCGCGCGCCCCCUGUGUGUGGUGGCGCCCCGGCCCUCCGGUCCGCGCUAGGCCCGCAGCAGUGGUGUGUGCAUUUUUACAGCCGUUUUUAAGAACCUAAUAUGGGUAUAAAUGUAAUACCUGUAGGGAGACAGAUUCUCUGUAUGUUUAGUUAACAAAUUCUUUGUAAUGUAUUUUUUUAGGAAUCUUAAAAUUGCCUUUGCGCUGAAAUAUUUUCAU